AUGACAAAAGACAAUCUUCGUACAUGUUUAACUACGAAUCCAGAUUCAAUACUUCCAUUAGCUGUGGGUCCAAGUAAUAAACCUUUUAGAUCUCAAUCACGUGUUCGGGAAAGAUCUUCUUCGUUUCAAAGAGCUGCCUGCCGAAACGGCUCCAAUUGUUUCAAUCCAUAUUGUACAUUUGAUCAUCCACCUGGAUGGCAUGCCUAACGGAUACUUGUUGUUACAGCAGAGACCGGUAGUGGCAAAAGUACACAGUUGCCACAAUAUGCUGCUGAAUACUUUGGUGGUCUUGUCGUAUGCACUCAACCACGAGUAGUUGCGGCUAUAUCUUUGGCACGUCGUGUAGCCAAAGAGUAUGAUGGAACAUCGGUGGGAAGAUCGGUUGGUUAUCGAGUUGGUCGUGGUAGUGAUGGCAAAGGAAGAAAUCAAGUACCCGGUACGGAUAUUAUAUUUAUGACCGAUUCGGCAUUGAUUCAAGAAAGUCAACAAGAUCAACAAUUGAACAAAGUGAAAGUCUUGAUUAUUGAUGAAGCUCAUGAACGUACAUUAAAUACAGAUAUUGUCAUCGGUCUAGCCAAACUGCUAUUAAAUAUGCGUACGACCGAUUUCUAUGUUGUAAUUGCUUCAGCCACCAUUGAUCCAAUCAAGUUUUUGAACUUUUUUGGCCGAAAAGGUGCUGAAGUACUCAAUGUUCCAGGUCGUAUUUAUGACAUAUCUGUUGAAUACAUACCUAAAGCUGACGAUUCAACUGAAGAAGAACAUGCUGUGUCGACUCUACUACAAUUAUAUGAGAAGCAUGAAGGACAUACGCUCAUAUUCCUUCCUGGGCAACGAGAAAUUGAGCGGGCUCUCGAGCUUUUUAGUCAUGAUAUACCCGAUAAUUGCGUGGCAUUACCGUUGUAUGGCUCUCUCUCGCCUGAAGAACAAGACAAAGUACUUCAAUUUGACGAAGGUUCAACUGGUGAACGUCGAAUGGUAGUUUUUUGUACGAAUAUCGCUGAGACAUCACUUACCAUUAAGAAUACUUGUGUCGUAAUCGAUUCCGGUUUAGCUAAAGAGGUUCGCUUCGACCCUAAACGUCGUCUAACUGUUAUUGAAACUGUUAGGAUAUCGCGUUCGUCUGCCGAUCAACGGAAAGGCCGUGCAGGACGAACAGGACCAGGACAUUGUGUUCGUCUUUACAAAAAUGAUGAUCUAACUCGUCCUAAUAUUGAACCCGAAAUCCAUCGAUCUUCAUUCGAUCUAGUUGUUCUACAGCUUGUUCGCUUGCAGUUAAAACCACAGGAUUUUCCCUUUAUAGAUCUACCUUCAUCGGGUCCAGCAAUUCUGCAAAUAUCACUACAGCUUUUAAAAGAUCUUUUAUGCAUUGAUAUCAAUGAUAGAAUCACUUUACGUGGUGAGCUGUUUGCUGAACUUGGUCUUGAUCCUCGUUUGAGUGCUUUCAUGGUCGACACUUACGUCGAACAUGGUCCUAUACUUGAAGUUACAGCUGCCAUUGUCGUAAUUUUAACAGCACCUGGCACCGUAUUCUUCAUGGGAGGUGCAACAAAAGAAGCGAAGCAAAUGGCUCGAAGCCGAGUAGCUAUAGGUGCCCAAGAAUACGAGAGUGAUCUACUCUAUCACGUUUCAGUAUAUGAAAAAUGGAAGAAAAUUGGUAUGAUCGAUCCCGAGACACACGUCUGUGUCACAUGUCAGAGGACCACUAAGGCAAAGUUUUCAUGUCGCUCAUGUCGAGCAACAUAUAGCGUCAAUAAUACACUGAACAACAAAGUCCUCAAUACUAUCGAAAGUGUAUGUGAUGCUUCGAUAAACACAAUUAUCAACAAACGCUGGGAACUUAAUCCUAGUCUUUUAUCCAAUGCAAAUGAGAGCCUUAUUAUUGCUUCACACCUUUUGAAAAAUUUUCCUGAACACUAUGGCCAUUUACUCGUACCACAUUUGCCGAAUGAAGGUGCAUGCAUGGUUGCAAAUGACUUUCGUGCACGUAUAGCUACUAGCAGUGUGUUCGUGCAGCGACAACUUGGUAAAAGCCAUUUUAUAGCCAUGUCAAUCACACGAUUACCCGCAGGUGAUUAUGUCAUUGAACGAUUACAUCCAAUCAAGCCAUCUAAAACAACUAGUGUAAAGGCAAUAGAGGAACUUGCUGUUCUCAAUAACGUUGGUUGGGAAUGGAAUCACGAAAUUCGUAAAGAAGCGAGCAAUUUCAAAACGGAAGUAUGGUACAAGUGGCUCAUCUAUGAAUAUGAUCGUUGUCUAUGCAAACUUAUUUUGUGGGGUGAAAUAAACAUGAAAGACUUCGUUCAUCGUGCUCUAACCUCGAUUGUCCAGAACACCCGUGACUUACUUUUAACUCGAACUCGUUCAGUCGAUUGUGGACCUAUCCGGGCAACAUUCGAAAGUGGUCUUGUUUGUUUGCGCAUAGAAGAUAAGCAUGAGAAUAAUAAUGCCAAAUAUCGGCUGGAUCUCCAGCAUGUACCGUGUAAAACAUUCCAGGAACUCUAUGAAUGGAUUAAAUGUGUACUCGAUGUAAAUCGACAAGAUUUACGCGAGAAUAAUUUUCGGCCAUGCCAAGAACCCGUCAUGGAUGAGGAUAGUUAUGAAUCACCACCUUUCUUUGUUGUCUUUGCCUCAGAAGAAGCAUUCAAUCGUGCUCUAUCGCACCUACCGCCAUUCAACAUUUGUCCUCAAAGAGUAGAUGCAUUUGAUAUUAUACAUAUGAGUGAAAAAGAGACAUGGGGUCGUCAAUUACUCUUGAAACCUAAAGAAAAUAUAUUUCUUACGGUAGAAGAAAUGAAGACAAAAUUUCGUAAAUACAUUGUUAGCUGCAAACAAAUAGGUAAAAAGUUGCUACCUGGUCUUCAAAUAACAAAUAUGCCUGCAUCUGUCAACAAAACGUCCGUUCAACAUGCUGUAGGAAAUACUAUUGUUCCGGCGCGUAUUGAUAUUUUUUAUUCAGAUGAAAAUAAUUCUAAUAUGGGUAGCUCAUCAGUACGUGUCUAUUUUCAAGAUGAAAGAGAAUGUCAUCAAGCGAUUCUUCGUUUACAAUCUAGCAGCCUUUUAAAUCAACAUCUAAUUACGAUUUUUUCCAAGAAAACAUGUCAAAUUAAGGAUAUUCCUGCAGUACCCUCAAUGGAAAGAGUCAAACUUGAAGCACCAACAUUUCUAGUUACGACAACGAGUCGUCGAAUAGCACUCAGAAUGUAUUCACAUUUAUCGUCAAAAUGGAUAGUGAAUAGUUCCGCAUCCGUAACUGUGACAAAUCUUGAUCUGUAUCCAAAUUUCGACGAUUUACUCAAAGGUAUCUGUAAUCGUUUUCAGACAAAAGUUCAACGACUUUCACUUCCAGAAAAGCAUAACAGCCCAAAAGCGAUUCGUUGUAUCUUUACAGACGCGAGUCCACCAAAAACAGCUCUAGCUGCAUCAAUGUUAAGUCAAGGAACUUCACCAAUAAUCAUCCAGUUGACCGACGAUCGGCAGAAAUGUUUAUUUCAGGAAUUAUUUGAAGAGAAUCUUAUUCAAACAUGGGUCAAUGAACUGAAAUUGUCAUGUGAGAAAAAAGAUAAAUAUGGAGCUGUAAUUGAAAUUCGUGGUCCACAAAUUGAGCAAGGUCAAUUGAUGCGUCGCAUUGCUGAUUAUGCCGACAAUUUUGACUAUCGAUAUCGUGUACUUGAUCUCAGCUCUUCGAUAAUCAGCUAUUUUGGUCGCCAAAAGGCUGCCGACGUGAAAUUACAAGAGAUCAAUGCAGUUUGGGCACAAAAAGGCUGUAGUGUAACUUUGGCCCGAAGAACAAGUUCAAUCAUUCUCUAUGCACAACCGAACGUACCGACAGAUAUGAUAAUUAAUUGUGAGAAUGAAGUGAAAGAAUUAUUAAAUAAACUAGCAACAAUGAAUACCAACAAUGAAGAACAAAACGAUUUUGCCCGUCAAUGUGCUUUCUGUCGACGAAUAAUGGUUGCAACGCGUACGUUUCGCAUCUGUGGUCAUGCGUAUUGUCGAUGUGCGAUAAGCAUACUCAAUAAGCUGUCUCUAGAAUGUCCCACUUGCAACAAUAGAAUUCAUAUUCAAGAUGUACAAGAAAUGUUUAGUAACAGUCGUGCUGAUUUCACAAGAUUGUGCAAAAAGUCUAUUCAAGCAUAUCUAUUAUCAUCAACAAAUCUGACAGACCAAAACCAGCUCUUCUGUCCCAACAAUCAAUGUGAUGGAUUGAUUAGUCGUAGUCGAGGCUACCAAACAUGUCUGACGUGUGGACAAGGUGUAUGUGGUUUAUGUCGUUUGAUCGACGAUGAACUACACGAAGGUCGUACAUGUGCAGAACGAAAUGAAGCUCAAAAGAAAUUAGGGGGAUUUAUACCACAGCUUUUUAAAGCUGCCGAAACAUUCACCCGAGACAGUUGGCCAAUAACUCUAUCACCCAUAGUUCACUUUGAGAGCAAUCCGGAUUUAAUGCAAAAAUCUUGCGAAUCUCUAGAUCGCUUUUACAAAGGUGUUGAAUCUAUUGGAGAUAAGCCACCCCCUGACCUUGCUCGAGGAUUUUUCGCGUUUCACGGUACUUCAGUCGAUGCCAUUGGAUCUAUAUGUAAAUCAGGUUUCGAUCCUACUCGACGUCGUGGACAGGUUUAUGGUCCUGGUGUGGGUGUGGGUGUGGGUGUGGGUGGG